AUGCGAUUUGCUACUCGUGUGAUUAAGAAUUUCCUGUUACAGGAUUUGAGAUCUCAGUGCCCAAAUAAUCUUUCUGAAGGCAACGAGCUAAGACUUGCAGUUCUCUUUUCUACAGUGACUAUGGAGUAUCCAUAUUUAGAGGUAAUGUUUUAUCGCACUACUUCUCUAACAGCAAAAAUUCAAGGCAUGAAAAAUGCUGUUCCCAAGAAUGAUAAAAAGAGACGAAAACAGCUGGCUGAUGAAGUUGCCAAACUAGAGACAGAACUUGAACAGAAGCACAAGGAGGAAUUAAAGCAGCUGAAGGAAGCUUCACCUGAGCAGAAUAAGACAGAUUCUGUAGCUGAUGGGGUUGCAAAUUUAGAGCUUGAAGGAGCAGAGCAACAGAUUCAGCAUCCUCGAAUAUCAAAAGCACAAAAGAGGCGGGAAAAAAAAGCUGCCUUGGAGAAAGAAAGAGAAGAAAGGAUAGCUGAAGCUGAGAUAGAAAAUUUAACGGGUGCUAGACAUCUUGAAAGUCAGAAACUUGCCUCCCUGUUGGCAGCAAGGCACUUAGAGAUUAAACAGAUCCCUUCAGAUGGCCACUGUAUGUACAGAGCUAUUGAAGAUCAGCUCAAGGAUCGCCAAAAUUGCUGGACUGUUGCAACACUGAGGAACCAAACGGCAAAGUAUAUGCAAAGUCACUUUGAUGACUUCCUGCCAUUUCUUACAAACCCUAGUACUGGAGACAUGUAUAGCAGAGAGGAAUUUGAAAAAUACUGUGAUGAUAUAGCAAAUACAGCUGCAUGGGGUGGUCAGCUGGAACUAAGGGCUUUGUCGCACAUUUUGCAAACACCUAUUGAAGUAGUGCAGAUGGAUUCCCCUCCCAUUAUUGUUGGUGAAGAAUAUUCAAGCAAACCAAUAAUACUUGUGUAUAUGAGACAUGCCUACGGCUUAGGAGAACAUUACAAUUCUGUAAAAAUUCUAACAGAUGCCGAUACAGAGAACGGCAGCUAGCAUACAGAAGUCAUAAAUCCCUGUGGAUAACAGUUGCAUCUUGAUGUGUUGUGCUCCAGACAAUUCUCAGACAGACUGCAAAGUAAACCUAAAUGGAAUGGAUUAAAUAUUAAAAAAAGACAUACAAGGUUUGACUAUAAAUCAGAAAUAGCUCUCAAUUUAAAACAAAACCAAACCAAAGCCACACAACAGUAUUUUGGACUUGUUGGUAUUAAUCAUGUUUAGAAGAUCGCCUCUAAAAUGGUGGCUGUGUAGAUCAGAACUUUUUUUUUAAUAGAGCUUCAUCCCGUGCUGCAGUACCGAGUAGUAAAUGUUUUGGUUAAUCUGCAUUUCUGCUGAGAAUUAAGGUUCCCUGAAGGCUCAUGGUACAUUAUUUCUGGCAGAUUUUGAUGAUCAUGGAAGAGUUAAGGCAUUUAAAAUAAUUUAUUUUAUUCUGAUUGAUGGAAUAUCCUCUACAGUGUUUCUUUAGUCCUGUUAGGAUCUAGCUUUAAUGCUGUAGGAGGGAUCCCCUUCUUUAUUUGGGCAGAGAAGAGCAGGAGGCAAAUCCAGUAGCAGAAUAUCUUGCUUGGCUGGUGGAAUUGCACAAUCUUUUUGUUUUAAAGACUUUCAUCUAAGUUUGUUACUAAGAUGUCAGGGUUAGGUUAACGGUUGGACUUGAUGAUCUUAAAGGUCGUUUCCAACCUAAACAAUUCUAUGAUUUGAGGGAUUUGCUUUUUUUUUUUUUUUUUCAGUUGACAGGAGGAACUGAAUGCUUAAUACUGUUCCUAGUCCUGAAUCAGUAGGAACAGCUUUGUUGUUUGUGACUGUACAUCAUAACAUUGUUGCAAGUUAACUGUGCUGUUCAUCCCUCGUAGACUUCCAUUUGUACAUUUUGAUGACAGAGAAGUUUUACAAACAGAAAGCUCCUCAAUGUCCUCCCUUCAGGCAGUGAAACUCAUCUGAACUCAUUGGUUUUGGAUCUGCUGAUCUAAGCACUUUGUGAUCUAAAGGGGGAUGUUUUAUAAUGCUCAAAAAUAACUGGCUGCAUACAGGUGUACUUACAACCACCUUGGGUUUUGUCAGUAACUUUAAAGGUGAUCUGCAGAAGAAUUAAGUUUAUUUUCAUUGUUCCUUAUGAUGCACAGGGACUCGAAAGUUGGGGUUUUUUUGGCUUGACUUUUUACAUUAGAAACGUAGAUUUUUGUCUUUAAGUCACUGCAAAUGCAACUGCAAAAUUAGCAGCAUACUGAAACCAAAGUUGUCAUGCAAUGGUUUUUUAACAGUAGAAGUGAUAUUUUUUUUUUUUUUUUUUUUUUAAGCCUUAGUCAAUAACACGAUAAUUGUCUGGAUUUUAGUGCUGAUGAGUUGGAGAAAAGCAGUUCAUAUCAAGUUUAAACAUCUUUUCCCUGACUUGAGGAUUAUGAGCUAACAGUGCGCAUCUUGUAGUCCUUCAAGUAAAGCUAGCCAGCAGAUUGAUGUUCCUGGGGUUUACAAAUUAGAAAAAAUCUGCUCUUACUUAAGAAGAAGAUAAGUGUUCACUUUAUGGAUCAGAUUAUGUCUGAUUUAAAGCACCUUGAGAGAGAGGAAGGGGAAAAAAUCAGACAAUUAUAGCAGGGGGUUUUAGACAAGCAGAACUUGAAUUAUGACUUCUUUAGACUAGUGCCUAGUGCCUGCCAGGAAAACAAAGAAUUAACCAGAUCAGGAGUUUUUACAUCCUUACUUAUCUGACACAGUAUAGCAAAUAUAGCUGUUUUUAUAGCAGUUGGUUUACUGUAGAAUUUGGUCUACUACCUUGAUUGUAUAAAACAAUGUUUUUAAUUUCAAGCAAAAAAUUGGAUGCAACAGUAUGGAAAAAGUGUCUCUAUUCAUAAUACCACUAUGAAUUGCACUAAAAAUAAUAAUCAUACUCUUCUCUGUGUGGCUUAGAAUUGAUGUGGUAUGAAAUGCACAUGCUGCAUUUUAUAGAUACCCUGUGAAAAAAGUUCCUUGGUUUAUUGGGGUUUCAUUCUUGUUUGAUUAGCUGACAGAGAAAAGAUGCCAGAAUCA